UACUUGACAUAUCAACCUCAUCCGCCGUUUCGCGCCUGAAGAGUUCCGGUGGUUUGACGCUCCAUCGCGUGGUCCGACCCCCUCACUCACCUCUGCUAUUCUCAUCAUCCUCAUCCGACUACCCCCAAUACUCGAGGAUCAACACAGCCGUCCUCCUCUCUCACAUUCGCCAUGGAUUUCCAAAGCCCGCAUACGAAUGGAGGCUUCGAUGCCGCCAAUAAUUUUAUCGAUCCGAGCGCAAUGUUUGACGCGCCAAAUCAGAUGAACGGCACACGCCCGUAUCCUACAUCCUCAAUACCUUCAAAACGCGACUCGACUGGGGCGUCGUUGUCGCGCUCUCAGACUCCUUCCCAGCAAGGCCAGUUCGGAUUUCAACAAGGAUUCGCCCACACGCCCUCUCCCACUCUACAUACACAAAACUUUGCUACCGGCGCAGUCCCUCCACAAAGGAUGCAAACUGUGUCUCCCGCGCAGAACCAAAACAUGCAGCAGAUGUCUGCGAUGGGUUUUAUGCAGGGAUCGCCGAUGCCGCAAGGAUACAACCAGAAUUUCGGAGGACAGGUUCAGAUGCCCCAGCUGACACAGAACCUGCAGAGCCGGCAGCAGGAGGCCCAACGGCAAUACCAAAUGCGACUGCAGGCACAGCAGCACCAACUAGGAAAUCUAGCCGCAAGCAAUAUGGCUGCACAACAACGGCAUCAGAUGUUUGCGAAUCCGGCAGCGCAACAAGCCGCAAUGCAGAGAAAUAUGGGCAUGGCACAGCAACCGCAGAAUGCGCAACCACAAGUUCAGAGCUUUUUGAAAAAUGUAGGUGCCCUAAUGGCCUCAAUGCAACGGCCUUUCAACCCCCAGCCUCGCGUCGCCGGCCGUGUCAUCAAUCUGCAACAGCUGUACUAUGCUGUCAUGAAACUGAGAGGCUCAAAACAUGUCACCCAGACCGGCUCUUGGCCAAGAGUCGCACAGAUGAUGCAAAUAGACCCAAGGCAGUUUCCGCAAGUCAGUGACGAGCUGCGGAUAACCUACGAACACAACCUCGGGCCCUACGAAGCCGCCUAUCUCAUGAACAAACAGCAACAGCAGAUGAGGGGAAUGGCCGCGCAACAAGGGCAAAUGGGUGGCAUGGGCCCUAUGGCGGCGAUGGGAGGAAUACCCCAACCUGGCCAACAGAUGUCGCCAACCAGGCAAAUACCCCAGGAAGCACAAAACAAUGCUGUAGCCCAGCAGCAGUAUAUGCAGCAACUACAGAGGUCACAGACCAUGCAACAGCGACAAACAGAUAUCACAACACCCGUCAAAACCCACGCCGCAACGCCCAGUAUGAAUGGUUCGGGUACCCCUCAGCUCGACGGGAAAAUGUCCUCAAAUGCAUUUGAUCAACAUAGGAAAAGCCUCAGCCAGCAACUCGAAGCCACGCCCCCCCAAGGACAAGGACCUGGAUAUGCAUCACCUUCCCCUGGACCUAGCAAAGUAACGCGCCUUAUCCCACAAGAAGUAUCGGCUCCUGUGAUUCGGGAGAAAGUUGUCCAUGAAGCGGAAGAUCCGACAUUAUUCAGACCCAUCACGAGAACAAUUCACGAAGCGUGGGGCGGCCUCAGUGUUUUCACACCGGAAUUUGAUCACCUCAUAGCACAGACCGAGAUGUAUAAGCCGAAUAUGCCAUCAUUGGGUGAAAUGGGCGUUAUCGACAUUCGUGCACUCACCAUGAGCAUUCGAUCUGGCCUUCACGCAGAAGCUCGGCUAGCUCUAGACAUAUUUGUGAAGCUCACCUACGAGCAGCAAAUCGUUCUGGAGCUAGACAAAUGCGAUGAUUUGAUUGAUGUGUUAGUUGAGUACGCCGAGGAUCUGCUGGACCUAUUAGCCAACGACAACCCUGAAGUCUCAGAUAUCCUAGAUCUCUCGCCAUACGAGGAGGUUGUGCGAAGUUGUCGGGUAGAAAUGGAUAGUGUGCCAGAAGUUCAUGAGUUUGGAACCAAGGAGUACGAACUGGAGAGAACAGCCGAUCGGCUGAUUGCAAUUACAACAAUCUUGCGCAACCUCUCCUUCCUUGAAGUUAACCACAAUCAACUUUGCAACCCCGCCGUUCUGAAGUUCAUGUCCUACGCAAUACGACUUGUCGGCACUCGCAUACUCCUUUUACGGACUCACAUCAACACCGCGGAUUUCAUGAAGGAUUUAAUAACAUUCUUCUCCAAUACUGGCACCAAGAUAAUACUACCUUCCCGCGACGAGGCGUAUACUAUCCUACAAUUCCUGUGCGCGUUCGCGCCCUGUCCCCGACCCGAGUUACCCGUCAGGUUUGCACCAUACAGCCCAACGCUCCAUCGUUGCCUACCGGCUGCUGUUGACAGUCUUGCUAAGCUACUUGCGCGUGACGACCCCAAUCGGACCUUCUACAAGCAUGUAUUCGCGGCUGAGUCAACGUCGACACCACCAUAUGACCUUUUGACCCGCGCGUUUGCUCUUGCUGUUUCUGUCGUACCAGAAACCAUGUCUCGGAAAGGCGGCGUGAGGGAGGCCCGUAUUGCAGAAGCUCGGAAAGCUUUUCUUAUCCAGGGAAUGCUGGCUGCCGACAUUCUGGCUUCGCUUGCGCCUGGUGCAGAGAGCGGCGUCUGCCGUUCAUGGCUAGAAGCAGAAGAUGGCUGGGGAGAAAACAUGCUUGCAUUUACCAUGUUUCUCACUACCAUCGACCACACCGCUCCCCCACCUCAAGUGCAAUACCCAGGUCUUCGUCCCGGUGCCCCACAAAGGCAGCGCAUGGAACCUGAUAUCCAGGGUUUCCACCUCAUCGUCCAUCGUGCGCUUUCCAUGCUAAAACGACUUGGGGAUAAAUCAAGAGGUGUCGAUGUUCUGGUGAAGGGCGAACACCUCACAAACGGCAACACAGAACAUGACGAGGAUUCAGAUGAGGAUAUGGAAACUGUUGUGAACGCGGGCACGAAGUGGAAGGUGAAGACAGACGUUUUGCCAACGAGAGGCCAUGUCAUUGGCGCGCUCCUGCAGCCGGAUAUGGAUCCUCAUGCGCUAAGACUUUUCUGCGGUAUUGCCGAUUUGGAUAGGGAUUGAUGUCUAGCUUACUUUUCGGUUGGUCGGGGCUUAUGGGCGUGUUUGGGAAAAGAGACGGGGGAUUAUAUUUGGGGGUGACACCGGCUUUUCAUCUUUUGCGUGUACUAUGAUAUUUCCUGAAUCCCAUUUAUGGCACUGUGUGUAUCUGCUAUUCACAACUCUGCUCUGACUGAGGAGCUAUCUAUACCUCUGCCCUAUUUCCCUCAUGGGUCUACAUAUUUUGGUCUUUUUCGUUCGUGGCGAUUGGCGUUGAAGCAGUUUGCUAUUUUCUUGUAUGGGCUUCGAUACACUGGGAUGAUAUGGUGUGACAUGCGUCGUAGGGAACUGGAGUAUCUGGGGAAGUGUGUAGUGGGACAGAUUUGGUAAAUUUGAAAGACGAGCGAGCAUUGGGUAAGAUGGGCUUCAGUGGCGUAGGUGUGAAUAUCGUCAGACGCUGGUGCAC